ACCACGUGACCUGUAGUGACGUCCCCUGUGUCAAGUGCGUUCUGAAGAUGGCGACCAGGAAGAUGCGGCUCUUCUCCAGCAUCUCGGCGUCGUUUGCCGUUUUAUUCACCCUUUUGAAUACGGGGAGAUGCGAUGAGCAGGUGCCCUUAAUGCUGUGGACCAGCGAAGGGACCUCCCUGCCGUCCCAGUCUCCCCCCGCCGCGGGUCACAUCGUGGGACGGGACCAGCUGGAUGCCUACCUGCACACAGCCCUCGGGUCAGGCCCGCGGAAUGUACUGCUCUUCCUCCAGGACAAGAUGAGCAUUGAGGACUUCACUAUCUACGGGGGGGCUUUUGGAAACAAGCAGGACUCUGCUUUCCGAAAUCUUGAGGGGGCGCUGUUAUCCUCGCCGUCCCCUCUGGUGCUGCCUGCUGUUUCCUGGCCAGGCUCCAACGCAGUGAUCGGAGCGUUGCAGGACCAACUUGAGACCUCCCCUCUUUAUAUGGAUGCUGAAACGCUUGGCCAGUUGAGGCUCAACUCGUCUUCGCCGGCCUUGCUGGUCUUUAGGCUGCCCUAUGGCACUGGGUCAGAUCUGAUGUCUGCAAAGGAGAUCCUUAGUGGCAAUGAUGAGGUGAUCGGCCAGGUGUUGAGCAUCAUGAAGACCCAGUCGGUCCCCUAUCUGGCCAUCUACACAGCCCUGCAGCCCUCACAGGAGGCAGCAGCAGCGCUGUCCCUGGAGGUGGGGGCGGGCGGGGGCCGUUCCUUGCUGCAGGCCAGGGCCAGUCACAAGGAGAGGGAGCAGGAGAGGGAGAGGAAGCGCAAGGUCAAGGAGAAGGCCGGGGUCUACGGCCCGGUGGAGUUCAAGGAGCGGGAGAACACCUGCAUCCUGCUGUGGGCCACUGGGCUGUCUGUGAGCAUCCUGAGGGGCGGGCGCUGGGACGACCACGACCUCACGCCCUCCACGUUUGGGGAAGGGGUCACUCCCAAACUCCACGGCUCAAUGUGUGACCAGACCAAGGCCAGGCUGGUUCUGAACUACGAAGAUGUGCUCGGCCAUCGUAACUUCAAACUGAUCUUCGCCAUGAGCCAGCGCCACUACUCAGUGUCGGCCCGCCGCUGGUUCACCAUGGACCAGGUGGAGCUGGAGUACGACGGGACCAAAGCCACCUUCAACGGCAGCCGCAGCAUCUACGCCCCCGCCGAGUACUCCUACCGCUGCGACGCGGUCAGCAGCUUCCGCUGGCCGUCCCUGUUCCCCCGCUCGGCCAAGGACCCCGCCAACCAAUGGAGGGUCUCCUUUGAGGACUUCCAGAUCCAGGGCUUCAACGUCUCGGGACAGGACUUCUCCUACGCCAGCGACUGUGCAGGCUUUUUCACCCCGGGCAUCUGGAUGGGCCUGAUGAGCAGCCUGCUCAUGGUGCUCGUGCUCACCUACGGCCUGCACAUGAUCAUGCAGCUCCGCACCAUGGACCGCUUCGACGACCCCAAGGGCCCCGCCAUCUCGGUGCCCCUGACGGAGUGAUCUCGCCUCCGGGCCGCCCAGGGCCAUCGAGGGCCGUCCCAGCGCUGCCUGCUUACAUUCCCUCUUCUUUCCCUUUAGGUGUAACACUAGAGUAAAACAAAAUGCUGUUUUGAAUAAGGGCAUUGUGUUCAGGGCGUGUGGAUCCAACCUUCCCCACAUGGAGGGUUACCACUGUAUAUUAAGGGGAACAGAAAUAUACAGCAUACCUUAAAAUAGCUAUUUAUUGGAUGUGUUGUUUGAGGUGUUUUUGUGUUGACAUUAGUAUUGAUUGAUGUGUAAACUUAAGUUGUAUUUAUUUAUUUAUUUUGAAUGUCUCAUUGAGGUAACACACAAGAUGUCUCUGUUAAGGGAAUUCCUAGUUUACAAUAGUGUAUCAAUGGUGAUCCUGUAACAAGGGAGGUUUGAGUCACAAACUGGAAGUAACCAAGAAGAUUUACAAAUUAGCUUAAGGUUGCAGGUACUAUUUUGCUCAAACAACCCAUCUAAAGCACUUCCAGUUGUUUUGUAUUAUUUGUAUUUGAUUUUUUUGAUGUAUGAAUUGUGGUGAAUGCUGUACUUAAGAGGUCCUGGAUGUGGUUUUGUGUUGUGAAACUCAAUAAAUGUGUGGAGGACGAUCACGGCUCA